CGGCUUUUGAAAGCUACUCACGGAAUUCUCACAAGCGAUGUCUGUUUCCGCGCAUCGAAAUACUUCAUGUCUAUGCAGAUUAAAAAGUGGUUACGAUGAUAGAAGAAAUGGAGUAUCAUUUGUUAUACAUAGGAAUGGUGAUUCGUUUAACCCUGGAAGACGAAUUUUUAUAAAUCAUCGACUAUCUUUAACAUGGAGUUCGUUUAUGGAGCAGCUGCGUAAGCGCUUGGGACAGUAUGUGCCAGCGAUUCGAUGCAUUGUUUCUCCAAAUUCUGGAACUCAAAUACGAGAUAUUAGAGAACUUCAGGAAAAUCAUAGGUACAUUGCAGUACCUAGAGGCGAAGUUCUGAAACUAUUAGAUUAUCAAAAGGUUGAUGAAAGGGCCCGACAUCCGUCAAAAAGGCUUACAUCAUCAGAAUUGUUUGAAAAAUAUUGGAGAAGACGCCAUAUUCGACUUCGCAGUCAAAUGGGUAGGAUAUCAGAUGGAUUUGGAAGAAAUGUUAAAUUGAUAUUUGUCUAUCGGAAUGGUGAUACAUUUACACCAGCUAUACGCGUACACCUAAGACCUAUUCAAGCAAUGGAUUUUGAGCUGAUAAUGCGUGCUAUUGAAGAUUGUGUUGUAUUACCUCAGGGCAAAGCUGUUCGAAGGUAGAUUCAUAUUUACUUGGAGCAGUAGUGAGUGCUAUAUACUUAACGCUUAGUGUUUAUGCUGACUAGAUUGUUUAAUAUUCAUUUCCUUAAAAAUAAUUUUUAUUACCCCAUGUAUAUCCUUUGAGGAGGUUGAUCUCGCCUCCUCCAAUCAACUCACCUUUCAGAAGUGAAGGGAAAAGUUGCAUAUAAGUUUAGGUUGGACUAGAAUUCAAUAAUUAUGAAUUCUGUUGCCACAAGCUGUAUUUAAG